AUGCCUGGGGGCCCCCCAGGGGGCCCCCUAGGGGGCCCCCCAAAGAGGGGCCCCUGUUUAGGGGGCCCCCCAGGGGGCCCCCCAGGGGGCCCCCUUAGGGGGCCCCCUUCUACGGGGGGCCCCUUUUUGGGUACUUUGGGGGCCCCCCUGGCCCCCUGGGGGGGGGCCCCCCUGGGGGGCCCCUCUGCACUUUUUGCUGCUGAUCUAAGAGAGCCUUCUGAGCCUUAUGAUAGGCUGAGAAGACUUGUGAAUAUAAAGCAGCAAGAGGUGCAGCAGCUGCUGCAGCAGCACUCUUCGAUGAAUGACCCGCUGCAGCUGCGGCAGCACUAUGUGUCUCACUGCCACAACGGGAAGCUAAUUGAAAAGCUGCGGCCGAGGCCGCAGCAGCAGCAGCAGCAGCAGCAGCAGCUGCUGCAGCAGCAGCUUGCUGCAUGCAGGGACGCAAGCGGCAGGCAGCAGGAGGUGCUGCUGCAGCAGCAGCGGCAGCAGCAGCGGCUGCUGAAGCGCCUCCAAGCCUUCGAAAACCCCCAGCAGCAGCAGCAGCAGCAGCAGCCACAGCAGCAGCAGCAGCAGCAGCAGCAGCAGCAGCAGCAGCAGCAGCAGCAGGGGAAUGAGCUUUUCGAAGCUUUAAAAGCACAAGAUCCCGAUGAAGUGACCCUAAGUGUGGUUUGUGAUAUUAAAAGAAAAUCCACUUUUCUGAAAAAUCAAAACAGCAGCAGAUUGAGCUGCUGCAGCAUUGAGGAGCUGCUGCUGCCGCUCGCUGCAGCAGGUCAGCCACAGCAGCAGCAGCAGCAGCAGCAGCAGCAGCAGCACGCAGUUGUCCAUUAA